AGCAGCAGUCGCCGCCUCGGCUGAAGCGGAACGCCGCCUCGCUACCUCCCCCCGCCCCUCAACUAAAUUACUUAAACAUUUAUACCGUAACAUUGUUUAGAUUUACACUGCGUCGUUGUUGUGGUCGUCGUUGCUUCGAACGCCCUUGGUGAUGAGGCGAGAAGUCAUGCCCAGCUUCCACGUCGGCACGCGAUGCCUUGUAAUGGCGCUCAUGUCGAAGCCGUGGAAACCCAGGCUCAAUCUGCUGGAGCUGCCGGAGGAUGUGCUCAUGUGUAUCUUCAGCUACCUGCCCGUCACUGACCUGCUUGCUUUCCAGGCCGCCCACCCACAGCUGCGGCACCUGGUGGAGAGCCAUCCCAGCGUGUGGGCCAAUCUCUCCUUCCAAGGGGUGUGGCCGUGUCCAGACACCAUUCAGCUUUUCCAGCGGGCGUCCAACUGUGGAAACUUUGAGGCAUCCGUGAAACUUGCCCUGGCCUACCUCUACAAUGAAGGCAUAGCGGUGGCCGAGGAGAGCCGGCCAGAGCGCAACGGGCGCAAGGCAGCGCACUACUUCAGCCGCGCCGAGCACCUGAGCUGCGGCAACGUCGGCAUGGCGGUGCCCUUCGUGUGGAUCUUCAUCCGCCCGCCGUGGUCCAUGAGCGGGGCGUGCUGCAAAGCCGUUGUCUUCGAGAGCCUCAAGACGGAGUGCGAGCUGGCAAAGACCGGUGGUGCUCGUCUGCUGUACUGCCUAGGAAAGGUUCUGGGAUUUUUUGAUGAUGAAGAGAAGAGAAGCGAGGCGUUGCGGCUGUUUGAUGCGUCCGCACAGCAAGGCUCUGUGCUCAGCGCCUAUCUCACGUGGAAGUCGAGGCAUCGUUCAGUGGCCUCGGACCCAGGCCGACUGCUGCAGAAUCUCCGAAGGCUCAGGGAGUUUUCGGACCGUGGCUGCUGGGAGGCACAGGUCUCGUUGGCGGUGGCCCUGGCACAGGCGUGCACGGGCGGCUGGCUCAUGGACCCCGAGGUGCCUGCGGCGCACCACUCGGUGCUGCGCUUCUUCCAAUCGUCGUCGCCGACGCGGACCCACCGCCUCUACCGGGUGCAGAAAGGCAUGAACGAGAACAUGAGGUACCUGCUAAUCGACUGGCUGGCGGAGGUGGUGACCACCAAGGAGCUGUCAAGUGCGUGCUUGCACACGACGGUGCAGUGCCUCGAUCGAUACCUGCUGCAGCGGCCGGUCGAGCGCUCGAAACUGCAGCUGCUGGGCAUCGCGUGCAUGGUCAUCUGUUCACGGUUCUUGUCUCAGGAUAUCCUCACGAUACGCGAAGGCGUGUGGCUGACGGACAACACGUACAAAUACGAGGACAUGGUGCGCAUGAUGGGUGAGAUCAUCGCCGUGCUACGGGGACGCAUCGUGGCCCCCAUGGUGCUGGAGUACGUGCGUGUGCUGCUGGCGCUGGAACCGCUGGACGCGCGCGCGAGCUGCACGCUGAGCUACGUGUGCGAGCUGUCGCUGCUCUUCACCUCGGUGACGGCAUACUCGCCCGCGCACCUCGCCGCCAGCGCCUUCCUGCUCACGCGCAUCCUGCACCGGCACGCCGUUCUCUGGAGCAAGAAACUCGUUGACUUCACGGGGUUUUUGCUGGAAGACCUCAUCCCUUGCACACUGCUGCUGCACAAACAGUGCUUCCUGGACGAGGUUCCCAAGGACCACAGGGAGGUGUCGCUCGUCGCUGUGAGGCAGAGGUUCUCCGACGAUCGUUUCCAGCGAGUGAGCGAGGACAAGGUGCUGGACUACUCGGAGCUGUGCGCCGUGCUCGGCGUGAGGGCGGAGCCGCUCUGCCUGCUCCUGCCGAGCGUCUCCGCGCGGACUACCGAGUCCCUGCCCUUCCUCACCUCUCCCCCCCAGCGCAAACCCAAGAGGCGCCGAGAGGACUCUGAGCGCGAGAGCCUGGCCGCGACGCCCAUCAUGGAGCUGUCGUACCACGCCGAGGAGGAGGAGGGCGGUGGCGCCGAGUGGCCCGACGCGGGAGUCGAGUACAACGUGAACGUGGGACUCGACGACGACGACGCCCUGUCCACGCUGUGCGAUGACGCCGACCAGUGCUUCUUGGACGGGUCGAUCAGUUCGGAGACGACGGAUGUGCUGUCCAACGCCUUCUUGCUGCCCAGCGACUGCAGUAACAUGGACGUAGACGACGACGAUGAUGACGACGACGACGAGGAGGAGGAGACAGAGAACGUCUGCGAAUCCCGUCAUCUCUCGGAGGCUUGCAGCUUCCCGUUUGACGACACGGCGGCACGCCCAGAGUGGGGAGCUUCCCGCCACUCUGAAUGCUCCGCGUCCGGUGCGAGCACGCCCCCGUGGCUGCCGCCGCCGCCGCUACCGCAGUGGCCAUCGAUGGCCGCCACGACCGCCCUCGGCCGCCCCCCCCCGUGCCCCUCGGACUCGAUCUCCGAUCCGUCGGGACGGAGCCACGUCGCGGCGGUUGUCCCGGCGAACCCCGACGGCCCCUUCGCCUUCAGGACCAUUUUGUGCAACGGCGGCCAAGGGGGCGGUGGGGAAGCGAGGCGCGGUGGCGAGCACAGGCAGCGGGCAAAGAGGAAGAACACGACAAGCCACCUCGGGGUGGAGAACGCUGACGUUGCUUCCUAGCACGCGGAGGCGGGAGCGCCAUGCUGGCGACGCGUAAACCAAAAUUGUGUUGAUGGUGUGUGUGUGCGUGCGUGUGCGCGUUUUCGAUUAAAUGAAAGUGCGUUCAAAAUAGUACAAGAGGCUGGCAGGAAACUUCACCUGGAUUCGGAGAGUGUGACCUGUUUACAAAUAUUUUUUUCUUUCUCAAAACCACCAGCGCGCACGUGUUUGGAAAUCGUAGCUUUAUUUUUUGUAUGUAUGUGCUCUGCGAGUCCAGUUGCAUUUCAUGUCAUGCUGUUGGAUAACUACAUCUCAAUAGGAUCUGUUACGGCGCCAAUGGUGUGCAAGCUAAUGAGACCGCUGGUAGAAUAUCCAGUAGAUCGGCACCUCUAACCACUAAGUAAAUUGACAGACUGCUUGCCUGCUCAGACCUGAAGAUUUUUUUUUGCAACCGAUGAAAAAAACAAUUUCAGAACCAUUUUCCUUACACAAUUACCGAUCUUCAUUUUUCUCAUUGGAAUUGAACGAUUGGCACGUUUUUGCAAAGCCAUUACGUUUUAUUCCUCGACAAAAAACAUGAACAGAUCUGCACUGUGCCAAUACUCAGGACAAACUUGUAUGGGUGCAAGCGGUGGAGAGGGAUAUGGAGUCUUGCGUUUUGGGAUGAUAACACAAUCUCAAUGAUCGUGUCUCCGGCUCCAGUUCUCGAACGUAGGGAUCUGCCGAAGUUUACGAUUAAACCUACUUGACGAAAGGGAUGUGAUGCUGUAACGCUUCAAAUGGUUCAAUGCGCUUGAAAAUGUGAGCAAAAUAUGUAAUGUGAACUAUUAAACGUAUUAAAGACUGCCCCUCCCCGAGAACAUUGGGGAUUUGAGCCAUUGCUACUAAUUGAAAUAAAUAUAUAGAGUGUACAGAAGUAAGAACUUAAUCUGCAGAGCAAUGCUGGUACCUCCUCCUGCACAUGUUCCUGUCUUACAGAUGAGCAAGGUUGAAUUAAUGGAGGUGCCUUUGCUGAGGUAGAGCCUAACUAACGUGUGUUGACCCUGUUGAAAGGGUAAGCUGAGAGCCUUCAACUAAGUGCCUUGAAAUGAUAAAUCGUUUCCGUGUUUAACGGUCGAGUGGACGAAGUUGAAUAAUGUUGCGCUGCUCGGUAGGUCCGAGUGGCCACAAUGGAAGUGCUACCUAGUGCCAUUUGCAUGGGGUUGAGUGAGUGACAUUGCUGAAACCUUCUUGCCACUCUUGAAGUUGCUUGGAGCUCUCUCAUGUAAAGCAUUGCAUGUGUGCAAUGGGAAUUAUGAUGGUGUCUGCAUCGGUGCAAGAUGUCCAUUUUCCAAAAUGGUGUGUGUGUAUAUAUAUAUAUGGCCUCAACGUGCACGGAGCCUGGCACAAGCGUCGUGGUGACGCCACCGCCACUUUGUGGCGAAUGGCGGCCGCUGUAUAUACGGGCUUUUGUUUUCGGUUUGGAAAAUAGUGUCAUCUGGAGAAGUUGUCGUUUUCCUAAUUUGCAAGUAACUUUUUUUGUUAAGCUCUAAAUAUUCUCCCGAUUGCAUUUCGAGCUGGGUGAAUGUUUAGCAAGAUUUUUUUUUCCUCGCACAAAAUCAAUGCGUCCAAUGUGUAAUGUUACAAUGUUGCGUUCACCAAACCUGUGAAAGCAUUAAAUGGAGUGGUCAUAAGUCUCAAGGGUGUUGCUGCUUGCGCUGGCAACGAUGCCCUUGUUUUGGUAUUUAUGUUUUAGUAUUUUUUUUUUACAUGUCGAGUUUCUCAAGAAAUGUUAUUGUCUCCAGGCAUUUAACAUAUGCAUCGAUGUUCAAAGUCAAUUUCCUUGUGUCGUCCACAAAAUAAAAAAGCACUGUUUGGUUUCUGUUUACUACUCGUGCUGUGAACAGCUGCUUCGGCUCAAGCACGAUGGCCUCAGCAGUCACCGCAAUCAGUCUGCCUGACGAGUAGACGUACACCGAGGAACCACGUGUGGGUCGGUCCGUGAACCCGGUGAUUGGAAGUGCAAGUUUUUAUAUACGAUAUUAGAUGGGUGUAUGUUAUGAACUCUUGUUUUGAGCAUCCUCGUAUCGUGGUGACUCAUUAAGUAUUAACCCACACGCUGUCGUACUGGCAGGAAGUGCGCUGCUGUUUCUCAAUGACUCAAUCGUGUCGUCACAUCGCAGGGUGAAAAUGUGCUUUGUCCGCAUUGCUAUAUCAGCAUUCGCUUCAAGAUCACUUGCAAGUCCUAGAAUGAGUUGUCCCCUUUUCGGCCUUGACUUUUGAACACCCCUUGUGAGUAAAAUUUGGGGAAUCCUGACGGAGCCUUUCAUGGUUGUGCUGCUGCACUGGCAAAUGUAUUGCGGUUUGAACUUUUUUGUCGUGAAUCUUGUCUGGCAGCUACACGCGGGUUAGUUGACAGCUGUGAAUGAACUUGGUUGUGAUGGGCCGUGCCUGCUGAGCAAUUGUUUGGGGGUCGUCUCCCACCUCAUUAGCCGUUGAUGCGGCUGCCAAAGGAAACUACCUCUUUGUGUGGGGGUCUUCUGCGCAGAGGAACCUGUUUCAAGAGUGAAACUUUGUGAGGCGAUACUUUUUUGACAGUCGUGCACAAGCCCAACAACAUGCCACCGGUUUGAUGAAAAACAUUCAAUUGUCACAUCUGGCUAUGCGAACACUUUAUUGUUUGGCAUACCUAGAUGAUCUUACCCAAAAUAAACCAGUUAUGAAUCUUUAUAAUUGGCCGUGAACACCUACGUGCGAUAUCAACAAACACGUAAAAAAAUCGACAUGUUUGUCCAUAACGUCGUUGCCUUAAAAGUAAAACUAUUGAGUCGUUUCUGUUGUGGGCAAUGGGCCAUCUCCGUCGCACACGGAGGGGCCAGAGUCAUAGUCGGGUCAUGGUUGGAGUCUGCACUCUACACCAUGAGGUCUGAACCUGAAUUUAACAUCAACAAUUUUUCCUGAUGAACAGUUUUAAAUUGGCAUAUGAAUUGUUAUCUCAUUUUAGAUAUCGUCUAACAGACAGACUUAACGGAAAACAUUUCCACAAACUAAUUUGUAUUCAAAGUUAAAUUAAAAAAUGUUUCUGGUAUAUGGCAUUCUAGGUAGUCAUGUUGAACAUGGUUUAGAUAAUUACAAGCAUAAUCAGUCAUCCUUAACCCAAUUAUAAUUAUGAGCAAAAACUCAAUUAUUUAUAUGAUAAGUGGGCCAAGGAGAGAGUCACAAAGUGGGUUAUACUCGUGGAUUUGUGAACCACGCUGCAGCAGGGCUACCCACAAUGCAAAGUGCCAGCAACAUUUUAUCAUUGGCCCGUUUCAAAAACGUGAGAACGAUGAGAUGCAGGAGCUUGCGGGAGUCGUACAGCUUGAAACCUUCAGCUUGAAACCUUGAUCAUCGCUGAUGUAUUACAAUUCGGUGGAUGAUGAUGACCUGUUGGAUAGUCAGUUCUGCGGCUUGCCGUGCUGUUAACUCUGUUUUGUCGGGAAUUAUGCCAUAUCCUUUUCAUUCUCCUGUGAAAGGAACAAUCGCCGAAACAGGCAUGGCUGUUUUGGAGCAGGCCAUGUGGUGGGUGCCUUGAUAUCGGCAACGUUUAGAAAGGCGCAGUGCUUGGGUAGAGAACUGAAGGUGCCUUUCUGAAUCGGUUUUUGUGUUGGGGUGGCAGCAACUCAACACGCUGCUGCUGCUGCUGCUGCGACCCUCACCAGAACAAGCGGAUUGAGGAACGAAGUUUGGCUCCUCCAACGUUGCAUUUUCUUCCAGUGCCGGGUUUUUAUCGCGAUGAAUUUAACCGUGAACUUUUGGGAAAGUAACAAUGUGUCCUUGUUGAUGGUGAAUUCCGGAUGAAAUCACGCAAUUACCUUUAGUGGAGUGUAUGUAGCUUAAUUGUAUUACGUCUUUAACAUUUCUCGUUAAAUGCAUUGCAGCAUUAUUUUUGGUGUUUCAGUAUUGAAGGGAAUGACUCCAAAUCGGUUUAGAGAUGUUUU